GCGGGAAAAACUGGAGCAGGGACCCCGGCGGCAGGUGGUUAUUUUCGGGGGCUCGGCGCCGCGCGUCCUGCUUUCCUGUCAUCGCAAGGCAAGGCGCCCGCUGCUUCCCGCCGCUGCAGCCUGCGUUGGGGAGCACAAAGAGUGGAGGGCGGGCUUGACCCAGGGUUGGGGUCCGGCCCUGGCAGCCUGGUGCAGGCCGAGCAGCUCUGCUCCUUUGCUGGCUGCCGCGCAGGAGGGUUCUAGGAAACGUCCGCCUGCCAUGAGCCAGCGGGACUGAGAGCCGGCGACUCGGAGCAGCGCGGGCGAGCGGAUCAAAGGGCCAGACCCGGGCUCAGGGAGUGCGGCCCACGGCCGCCGGAGCUGCGGAUCGGGGCCGGGCAAUGAUCCGGGGUGUGGAGGCGCCCAUGGCUGACAACCCGCCGCAGCCGCCGCCCGUCAUCUUCUGCCAGGACUCCCCGAAGCGGGUGCUGGUGUCGGUCAUCAGGACGACCCCGAUCAAGCCCACAUGCAGCGGCGGAGGGGAGCCGGAGCCGCCGCCACCGCUUAUUCCCACCAGCCCCGGCUUCAGUGACUUCAUGGUGUACCCGUGGCGCUGGGGCGAGAACGCGCACAACGUGACGCUCAGCCCCGGAGCCGCCGGGGGCGCCGCCUCGGCUGCCUUGCCCGCCGCCGCCGCAGAGCACCCAGGGCUUCGGGGCCGGGGCGCGCCCCCGCCCACCGCCUCGGCCGCCGCCGCCUCAGGGGGUGAGGACGAGGAGGAAGCGAGCAGCCCGGACAGCGGCCACCUCAAGGAUGGAAUCCGACGUGGUAGACCCAGAGCAGAUACUGUACGGGAUUUAAUAAAUGAAGGAGAGCAUUCGUCCAGCAGAAUACGUUGUAACAUCUGUAAUAGGGUGUUUCCACGGGAGAAAUCGCUCCAGGCUCACAAACGGACUCAUACAGGUGAGAGACCCUAUCUGUGUGACUAUCCAGACUGUGGAAAAGCCUUCGUUCAAAGUGGACAGCUCAAAACCCAUCAGCGUCUUCACACCGGAGAAAAACCUUUUGUUUGUUCAGAAAAUGGCUGCCUAAGCAGAUUCACCCAUGCAAACCGCCACUGUCCGAAGCACCCUUAUGCCAGGCUGAAGCGAGAGGAGCCCACAGAUGCUCUCAGUAAGCCCCAGGCUGUGGACAACCAGGCUGCCGCCGAGUGGUUGGCAAAGUACUGGGAAACACGAGAGCAGCGUACUCCCACCUUGAAAGGAAAGCUGGUUCAGAAGGCAGAUCAGGAGCAGCAGGACCCUCUGGAGUACCUUCAGUCUGACGAGGAGGACGAUGAGAAGAGCGGUGCCCAGCGGCGUCUGCAGGAGCAGCGGGAGCGCCUGCACGGAGCCCUCGCUCUCAUCGAGCUCGCAAACUUGACGGGAGCGCCGCUCCGCCAGUAGCCAGAACACUGACUCUUUCCACUGUACAAAAGUACUGCCCAGCGUACUUAAAAAGUAGAUCCUUGGGCGUAAGCUAAGCACCUUAUUUGCUUAUCAUAGGCUGCUAUUCUGUAGAAAUUUAUGAAGAAUGUCAUUGCCCCAGAAUAUGGGGUGAGAGAGAAUUGCACUUUUUUUAUAUGGUAUUGGAUUCCUUGUAAAGUUUAACAUAUUGUAAAUAUGGGACGUCUAGUACAGGGUAGAAAACUACAUAUUGUGGGAAGCUAGAUUUUGCAAGUUUAAUGCAUUCAUUGGAAGCAGUUCUCACAGGAAGCACUUUCUGAAUAAGACACUUGUAUGAAAAAAAAAAAAAGAAUGGUACAUGUAGCCAAAGAAGGUUUAAAUAGAUUAUUUAUAAGAUCAUUUUUAACAAUGUAUAUUAGUAUGUUUAACAAUACUGUAAACACUGAAACAAGCAAGAAAGUAUAAGAUGUGUGUAAGAUAUAUAUUUUUAAAUUGCAAAAUAGUGUGCCUAAUAAGACUAGAGAAAUGGAAAACUGACUAUUUCGGAAGACUUUCUAACUUACCGACUUUGGAAGAAAAUAGGUAUUUGAAGAUCUUGGUAAGAUGAACAGUUCAGAAUUUUCAAAAUUGGAGUAAAAUCAGUCUUAUUCUAUCUUUCUGAGGCUUUACAACUCACUGUGAUAUUUAGGUUUGAAAGCACUCGGCACCCUUAGCUUGUUAACUUGGGACCUUUUGCACAUUUCAUGUUUCUCAUUUGCUGAAAUUGAAUGAUUAAUCUUGCAAAGUCUAGGUAACUUGGUAAUUGGUAUUUUUUAAAAAAUAUUAUGGGCCCUGUCAUGAGAUUUGGCAGUUGGAUUUUUUUAAUAAAAGGGACAUCUACAGGGUUGUUUUGUAGUGAACUGUUUUAGAUCCUUUGUUAGCAAACACUAAAUUUAAAUGUACUGCUUGUUUAGAAUUAUUAGCAAAUGGAAGCCUCCUAUUUAUAUUUUCAGUGCAUAAAGCCACCUUCUUGCUUUACUUCAGAAUAACAUGCCAAGCUAUUUUGUGUUCACUAAAUUUAGCUAUCAGUUAAACACUGCGGAAAAUAUUAGCGACUCAAAUAAGUAGGCUUCUGGAAUAGUUUUAACUGCAAGUGUGUUAACUUGUGUGGUGGUUUUAAAUCAUUUUUUCCAAAAUAGAUGAAGUUUUUAAACACCACUUUAUGUACUGAAGCAUGAAUAGAAAAAUCAAGAGCUGAGUAGUUCACCUCCUUUAUGUAGGCAUAAGCCUCCACCAUUUUAACUUGUUUUAAGCAGAAACUAAAUAACAUCAUAGCAUGGUAAUUUCAUAGAUUGCUUAACUGGAGUAAACUUCAGAAUAAGAGAGGGAAAUAUGGGCUCUUCAGCGCCUUUUGUUUCUGUUUUGUAUUGAAGUAGUAGCCUACAGAUGUAGUUUAAACAUUAUCUAAAAUGUAGGCUUCUUUAUCUCAAAAUCCCAACGUGUUGCAGUACACAGAUAGUUUAAAAUAUGUAGCCAUGGGGAAGGGGAGGUAUGUAAAUGUCUUGAAAUGGAGCAAAAGUAUGAAAGAUGAUAGUAACAAAUAAUGUGUAUGAUGAGGACAUACUUUAAAAAUGUAAUUCCUCUGUACAGUAAAUUACAAAUCUUGAGGGAUUGUGUUGUUUUUUUUUGUAAUAAGAGAAUUUAUAUUUGUAAUGGUUUAAGAAUUUUGUUUGUAAUCCGGUAUAUAGAACUUUAACUUGGAGCACUUAAUGAGCAAGUAAGAGAGACUAUAGUAUCUGAAUUUUCUUGGGUUAGGUUUCAACAUUUUUCUCUAGAAUUUUUCCUCUCAAAUAUGACUUAAGUGAAUUUAAAAAGCGUCGUCAGUCUUGGGAAAUUUAAAAUUUGGUGAAUUUACCUAAAGAAGGAAGUGCAGUAAGAAUUUAAAAAAUACAAAUACUUGCCAGUUCACAGAUAAUAAAAUUUAAGGCCUUCAAAAGUAAGAGUUUUUGUUUGUUUAUCCUGUCAGCUUUUG